AUGACAACAACAAUGCGUCGUGAUCCUAUUGGUAAAACCACCACUUUGUUUUUUAACAACAACCACUUGUUGUAUCAUUCUAUAUUUGAAUAUUUAAAUAUUCAUGAAAUUUGUACCACUCUAUGUUUGGUGUGUCGACAAUGGAAAAGAAUUGCCAAUAGUGAUGCACUAUGGGAGAAGCUAUUGGCAAGAAUCAUGUUGAGAACAAACAAGAAGAAUAUUCGUCAUUCGAGGAUGAUGAUUCAUUCGAAUGCAAUGAAAAGUGCAAACAUUUCUCGAAACAUGAUUCAGCAUGUUCUUGAUCAUCAUCAUGAAAAAUUCAUGUAUGAUUUACAAUGUCAUGAUGAUGAUGAUUUACAAUGUCAUGAUGAAGAGUGUCGUUAUGUACUCUCAUUGAUUUUACAUCCAAAAAAACAAUUGAAAUUUGCAUUUAUUUGUGAAUUUCUAUUUAAAAAGAUGACUCAUUUGAAAUUUGUGAACAUUCAUAAAAUGAGUCAUAGCAAACCUUGGAAAAUACAAACCAUGUAUUCCUAUUUUCAUAGGAAGAGAGAACAUGAUCAUUAUUUUGCCCUUCUCUGUGAAUAUUAUGUGAAAUUAAUUACCAAAAAUAUGAAUGUGGAUACCUUUUGUGAACAAGCGAGUGUGAAUACAAGCGAUGACACCUCUCCUUUUACAAUCUCUCUUACUCCAAAUGAUGUGAUAUUUGCUGUAACCAUUCCCUCUAUGCAAUCCAUCUGUUAUUGCUACAUUCAAACACACACAAAAAUUUGUAUUUAUUUAAUGGCGAGUGAUAUUUAUCCUUAUCCAUGUGCGAUUCCAUUGAUCUUUCAAAUAUACUCUGAAUUUCAUGAGAAGGUUGCAGAAAUGGGAGAUUCAGGAUUUGAGCAUGUCUUGAAUCAAAGAAUUAAGGAAUUAUUUGAAAGGUUUGAUUUGAAAAGAAAAACAACAAACACUCUUAAUCCAUCUUCUAAUGACUCCUCAAUAUUCACCACCAUUCAGGCUCUCGAAGAAUUCCAAUUUGAUCCAGUUCCUUUUGAUCAGAUGCAUGUGAUCGAUCUGAGUGAUUUACUUUGA